GUCUGCUGGGCCAAAUAACGCCAACGUGAACGUGGAGCCGUGGAGCGUGUGUAAGUAAGCAGCAUCACGAAUGUGCCAGGCCAGCACGACCGAGACGAGCAGCGUAUAUAAAACGGCAUAUCAGCAGUGGCAGCGCUGUCAUUCGCCGGCGGUGCUUACAAGCAGUGUGUAUACAGUUUAAUAUAGGUGCGCGCAAAACGUCAAUUCAACGAAAUAAAACAAACGAAAACGUCAAAUAAAAAAAGGAAAAUAAAGCAGAAAAAACAUAUGUAUACAAAACAAAGGGCGCUGGCAAACUCAGCUGUGGCUGCUGGUUGCAGUGCGUUCGCUGCCAAGUGACUUAAGUGCAUAAAAUCCAAAUGUACAUACUGCUACUUUCAAAUUAUAGCACACAAGCAUACAUACUUAAAUAGCUAGUUAUCAAGCAAAAAUAUUUUUGAAUCAGCAAAAAAAAAAAAUUUAAAUCAGCAAAAUAAAUAUUGUCGUGAUUUUCUUUGUGUUUUGCUAAAUACGCGCAGUUUGGUAGACACUGGAGGGUAGUUGUGCGGGAAUUUCGUGCUGCCAGCAUUGCUUCGAGAUUAAUUGUUUCAUUAUUAUUGUUAUUAAUUUCUUGUGGUAAAUUAUAAACAACUGACUGGUGACUCGCUGUUAUCGCUUUUGUUUAUUGUUGUAUUCUAUACUUGGAAACAUUUGGGCGCUGACGAGACGCUUCGCGUACAUUUGUGUGCGAACAACGUGUGCUCCACUUUUGUAUGUAAGACAGAGCAGCAGCAACAAUAUUUGAUUGCAAGAGCGCAAAUUAGCAGCAUAACAAAAACAAAACUCAAGUGUAGGCAUAAACAAACGGUUUUGCAUUGAAAAUAUAACAAUUAAAGCAAGUGGAGUGGCCUAAGUGUAAGAAGGUGUAUUAAAACAAUUAGAAAAAGGUGUGAAAAACUUUAAAAAGUGCUUUUUGUCAAGCAUAAGCUGAGAAAUAUAUUUGAGCGCUUAAAAAAUUAAGUUAAAAAUGGAUACAGACAACAAAAAGCCUUUUAAGAUCAAGGAUGUGACGCGCAAUAUCAAAAAAGCCGUCGUGGCUGGCACACUCGAUGAAUUGCGCACGAAGGUAGCUGAGAAAUUCGAUCAUGUUGGCGAUCAGCCGCCAACCAUACACUUGGACUCCGAUGGCACGGAAAUCGACGAUGAGGAGUAUUUCCGCACGCUGGACGAGAACACAGAAUUGAUUGCAGUAUUUCCGGGCGAACAUUGGAUUGAUCCCACUAACUAUGUCACCAUCACCAGUCAUCAUCGCGGCAGCAAUAGCGGCAUUAUUGGUGGUGGUCUUGGUGUCGGCAGCGAGCAGCUUGGUGACACCACCGAUGCUGUGGCCGAGACGGCGCGUAUCAAACAAUUGGUCGGCCAAUUGCAAAAUAAUCUGUGCAAUGUGUCGGUGUUGAGCGAUCCGGAUUUGGAUUCGUUGUCGAACAUGGAUCCCAAUUCGUUGGUGGACAUAACGGGCAAGGAUUUUAUGGAGCAGUUGAAGGAUUCAGGCAGACCAUUGUGUGCAAAGCGAAACGCUGAGGACCGAAUUAACUUGUUAAAAUUGCUGCGUGAGGGCGCCAUCUUUUGCUCCGAACGUUAUCCGGAGGAUGCGGAGGCCAUCGACAUGGAGAUUAGUAGGCAAUUGAAUAUGGAUGUGGCGCAAACCACAACCACGGUGACAACUAAUACAAAUACAACAACAACAAUUACAGCGAAUACAACCACAGUUAAUAUUGGCGUAUUAACAGCACAACAACAACAACACCAGCAACUACAACAGACUAUUACAACAAACAAGACAAUCGAACAAGUGCAAAGUGUGGCGGCAGCGGCGGUGGCGGCGGCAGCAGCAGCUCAACGCCGUGCAACAAUGGAGACGCAAAUGACGUCGGUGGAUGUGGUGACCAUUGUGGAAACGCAUGCGGCAGCAACAACAAACACACAGAAUAAUAAUAAUCAGCAGAAGAUGACAACCGCCGGCAGCAAUAACAAUAACAAGACAAACGAUAUUUGACUACCGAUUUUUAGUAGCAUAACUUGAAAUUUAGAGAGCGUUUACAAGGAGAAGGGUUAAGUGCACCGGAGUAGCGGGGAGAGCAGCGCGACAUUGCGGCUAUUAACGGUUGUCACGUAACAACAAGUUGGCGUUGCAAUCAGUUAUGCAUUGGUUGUAAUAUUUACAGUUAACGUGCGUAUUUUGUGUAUAUGUAUGCUGCUACAACAAUAAAAACAAACAAAAAAAAAAAAAGAAAUUAAAAUAAUUUUUUGAUGCCGGUGUAAGCUGUAACUGUAUAACUAAAAACCAAUUACAAAACAUUUUAAAACGCGACGCAAUCAG